AUGUUGAACCUGACCCGAAGAAUCCUUUUCGGCCAACUCAAAAAUAAAGGUAUCACCACGGAAUGGGGAGCGGAAAAUCUUAACCAGCUGCGCCAGCACGGUAAGAGAACAAAGGAUGACCCGACGCCACCGACACAAGGAGCCGACAGACCGGAGCAGAGAGGUGAGGAGACGGCAACUGCUGAUGUCCUCGAGACUACCGACGUUGAACCCAAUUCAGUUGUUAAUACGCACACCCCUUUUCAUCUGCCGCGUUCGGAGCCGCUAAUUAACUUUUUCCGCAGAGCGUGCUCACAAGUUAUCCUAUCUACAUCUACCUUCGCCCAUAUCUGGUCUGAUGCGGACCGUCAGGCCAUUCCUGAUUAUGACUCUGCACGACUGACAUACACCCAGCUGGUGGAGCUGUAUAACUACCUAUAA